AUGAACUGCGAGCCUCUUACGAGGAACGUGGUGUAUAACCUCAGCCUCACAGACUUGACGGAGCAGCGUCGGCUGGUCUGGUACUCACCAGAGAAUGACGUCAAGAUGUGCGUCGUCAAAGGAAAGGACGAGGAGAGCUGUCAAAACUACAUACGAGUGCUGGUCUCCCUCGGUCCUGGCAGACUACUGGUCUGCGGCACCAACAGCUUCAGACCAUUCUGUAGAGAGUACAGCGUACAACGAGACUCCUACCACAUGGAGAGGGAGAAGUCAGGCCAAGCUGUUUGCCCCUACGACCCUGAACAUAAUUCCACCGCCGUUUAUGCGGACGGGGAGUUGUAUUCGGGAACAGUGGCUGACUUCAGUGGUAUGGAGCCUAUCAUAUAUCGAGAACCUUUACAAACGGAGCCGUAUGAUUCAAUGACGCUAAAUGCUCCGGACUUCGUGAAUUCGUUAGUACACGGAAACUUCGUGUACUUCUUCUUUAGAGAAACAGCUGUUGAAUAUAUAAACUGCGGGAAGGCGGUAUAUUCCCGCGUAGCUCGAGUGUGUCGUGAUGACCGAGGCGGACCGCACCGGUUCAAGCAGCGAUGGACCUCUUUCCUCAAGUCCAGGCUCAACUGCUCCGUCGCUGGAGACUUCCCCUUCUACUUCAAUGAAAUACAGUCAACAACGGAGCUAAUAGAAGGAGUUUAUGGAGGUCUGAACGCGCAGUUAAUUUACGGAACAUUUACGACCCCGCCCAACAGUAUAUCGGGCAGUGCCGUCUGUGCAUUCAGCAUGCAAGAUAUAGCUGACACCUUCGAAGGAACAUUCAAAGAACAAAGCGCGAUCAACUCUAAUUGGUUGCCUGUCAACAGUGCAAAAGUACCAGAGCCCCGACCAGGGACAUGUCACAAUGACUCUAGACAGCUGCCCGACCAGACGCUAAACUUCAUCAAAACACACGCAUUAAUGGACGAGUCUGUGCCAGCUUUCUUCGGAGAACCCAUCGUUAUACGAACUAGCUUUCACUACCGAUUUACACAGAUAGCUGUAGAUCCACAAGUGAAAACGCCUGGUGGGAAAGCAUAUGACGUUCUAUUUAUUGGCACAGACAACGGCAAAAUCAUCAAAGCCAUCAAUGCAGUAUCCUAUGACUCCAACAAACGAGCAGUACCAGUCGUCAUCGAAGAGUUACAGGCAUUUGCAGCCGGUUCUCCAGUCAGAGCGCUAAGGGUAGCGAGAGCUGGUCGUGAUGCCGCCAGACUGAUUGCUGUAUCAGACAGACAAGUCCUCAGUUUGAGGCUGCAUCGGUGUUCCAGUGAUAAGAUUAGUUCUUGUUCCGAAUGUGUGGCGCUACAAGACCCGUACUGUGCGUGGGACAAACAAGCGGGUCGGUGUCGCGCCUUCUCUCACGGAGUCAGUAGAUGGCUGGACGAGAACUCCUUCUACCAGAGCGUCAGUACCGGCAGUCAUGCUGCUUGCCCUCACAGUAAAGACGCUGGAGCAGUUGGAGGUCUUAGUUCAGGUCUAUAUGAUGACGCCAGAGGGGAGACGAAGGGAGAAGUCAUCAACAUCGUACAAGACAAAGACGGAAAAGGAGGAGGUGGAGGCCCUGAAGUUCUUGCGGCGGAUCCCCCGCCAGCAGCUUACUCGGUAGAAACUCUAGCAUUAGCAGUAGCCGCUGGUGCUUUAGCAGCACUAGGCGCUGGAUUCGCCGCUGGGUACAUUUGCGGCAGAAGGUGUAAGAAGGACGACGAUGACAAUAUGCCUUACCCUGACACUGAGUAUGAGUACUUUGAACAAAGGCAGAAUAUUAAUAGAAUUCAAGCAGAACCUAAGCUCCUGCAGCAAGUUGAAGAAGUGACAUAUGCUGAGCCAGUGCUAGCUCCUCAGCCGAAGCCAGCGUCUCCCCGCGCCACGCUGCGCAAGCACCCCCCAUACCACCCUCACCACGAGACGCUGUUCCAGUUCCAGCCAGACGCGUACCGUCGUGACAACUUUGGAACUCUUCGCUCUCAUCAGGUAUGA